UAAAGGAAGCAAAAAAAAAAAAAAGAGUUUGAUUUCGUCGUCUUCACAGCUUUCUUCUUCUCUCGCGACCAAAAAGAUAUCUUAAAAUCGACGUCGUUUUGGUUCUAAUCGUAUUCCGGCGAACUUGACUCGGAGGCUUAUUCGUCGAUGGCAUACGUCGACCAUGCGUUCUCGAUAUCGGACGAAGACCUAAUGAUUGGGACUUCGUAUACCGUCAGUAAUCGACCACCGGUGAAAGAGAUCUCACUCGCGGUGGCUCUUCUCGUCUUCGGAACCCUGGGAAUUGUCUCUGGUUUCUUCAUGGCUUAUAACCGAGUUGGUGGUGAUCGAGGUCACGGGAUUUUCUUCAUUGUACUCGGAUGUCUUCUGUUUAUCCCGGGGUUUUACUAUACACGGAUUGCAUAUUACGCAUACAAAGGAUAUAAAGGUUUCUCCUUCUCAAACAUACCAUCCGUUUAAGACUUAUGAAUCGGCGUCUGUCCUCUCUUACACUCAAUGUAUAGGUUGUUUCCGAAGGGAAGAUUUUAUAUUGCUUAAAACUAGUGACUUAAUUAUUCUCUUUUGUGAUUUUACAUUACUCGAAUGACCUAUGUUUGAUAUGUAUCUCUUUUUGGUUUCUCAUUCUCUAUGUUAGAUCAUAACUCUUUGAUAAACAUCCUUGUAACGUAUAGACUAAGCUAAUCACAGGUGAUGUAAUUGGUGUGUUUA